CCCAUUAAUUACUUUAAUUUCAACGAGGAACGGUUUAAACCAAAACCCCACAACCCAACUAACUCAUCCUUCCGACGUAAACGACAAUAGAAAAUUUUAACUUACCACACAGAAAAGAAAAGAAAAGUAAAGAAAAGAAAAAAAAUUCUCAGCAACCAAACAGAUCUCUCUCUUUUUCUGUUCUCCUCUUCUCGCCGGCGAUAACUGCUCGAAUGGCUCCGAUUCCGUCGGAGAACGGCGUCGAAGGAGAUGAUGAGAAAGAAGAAGAAGAAGAAGAAGAAGAGGAGGAGCCGAGGCUCAAGUACCAGAGAAUGGGAGGCAGCAUACCUUUGUUGCUAGCGAGUGAUGAAGCGUCUUGCAUCGCGGUUGCAGAACGGAUGAUCGCCGUCGGCACACACGACGGCGUCGUGUAUAUCCUUGAUUUUCUCGGGAAUCAGGUGAAAGAAUUCUCUGCUCAUUCUGCUGUUGUUAACGACCUUAGCUUUGAUAUGGAAGGUGAAUAUAUUGGAAGCUGUUCUGAUGAUGGAUCCGUUGUAAUAAGCAGCCUUUUUUCUGAUGAGAAAAUGAAAUUUGAGUAUCAUCGCCCUAUGAAGGCGAUUUCUUUGGACCCGGAUUAUGCAAGAAACACGUCUAGGAGACUUGUUGCUGGCGGUUUAACAGGGAAUUUAUAUUUGAAUUCAAAGAAAUGGUUAGGCUAUCGUGACCAGGUUUUGCACUCUGGUGAAGGUCCAAUACAUGCAGUGAAGUGGAGAACACGUCUUGUUGCUUGGGCAAAUGAUGCAGGAGUGAAGGUUUAUGAUACCAUCAAUGACCAGCGUAUAACAUUUAUUGAAAGGCCACGGGGUAGCCCAUGGCCCAAGCUUUUGCUUCCUCACCUGGUUUGGCAGGAUGACACCCUCUUGGUUAUUGGCUGGGGAACAUCUGUCAAAAUUGUUUCAAUAAGGACAAACUGUCAUCAAGCAGCCAAUGGGACAUACAGGCAAGUUCCUUUGUCUGGUAUGACCCAAGUGGAUAUUGUGGCAUCGUUUCAAACGAGCUAUUUCAUCUCAGGAAUUGCCCCCUUUGGUGAUGCUUUGGUUGUUCUAGCUUACAUUCCUGGAGAAGAAGAUGGAGAAAAGGAUUUUAGUAGCACUGCUCCUUCACGGCAGGGUAAUGGGCAAAGACCAGAAGUACGCAUAGUAACAUGGAACAAUGAUGAACUUUCGACAGAUGCUCUACCAUUACAUGGAUUUGAGCAUUACAUGGCAAAGGACUAUUCCCUUGCUCAUGCUCCCUUCUCAGGUAGCAGUUAUGCCGGUGGUCAGUGGGCUGCAGGCGACGAACCGCUUUACUAUAUUGUAUCCCCAAAGGACGUAAUUAUUGCAAAGCCAAGGGAUGCUGAAGAUCAUAUUGCUUGGCUUCUUCAACAUGGAUGGCAUGAAAAAGCUUUGGCUGUGGUGGAAUCUGGUCAAGGACGAAGUGAACUACUUGAUGAGGUGGGAUCUAGGUACCUUGAUCAUCUGAUAGUGGAAAGAAAAUAUACUGAAGCCGCUUCUUUGUGUCCCAAGUUGCUUCAAGGAUCAGCCUCAGCAUGGGAGAGAUGGGUUUUCCACUUUGCACACCUUCGUCAACUCCCUGUUUUGGUUCCUUACAUGCCUACAGAAAACCCUAGAUUGUGUGAUACUGCUUAUGAGGUUGCUCUUGUUGCACUGGCCACAAAUCCAUCCUUUCAUAAGGAUCUCUUGUCCACUGUUAAAUCCUGGCCUAAAGUAAUUUAUUCUGCAUUGCCUGUUAUUUCAGCUAUUGAAGCUCAGUUUGAUACUUCAUCCGUGACUGAUCCACUCAAGGAGGCUUUAGCAGAGCUGUAUGUAAUUGAUGAGCAACAUGGGAAAGCUUUCUCGUUGUAUGCUGAUCUUAUGAAACCAGAAGUAUUUGACUUCAUUGAUAAACAUAACCUACAUGAUUCAGUUCGUGAAAAGGUUGUCCAACUGAUGAUGCUUGAUUGCAAACAAGCCAUUCCUCUCUUAAUACAAAACAAGGACUUAAUAACUCCACAUGAAGUUGUGAAGCAACUUCUAGAUGUUGAUAAUAAGUGUGACUGCAGAUAUUUCUUACAUUUAUAUCUCCAUUCAUUAUUUGAAGUAAAUCCACAUGCUGGGAAGGACUUUCAUGAUAUGCAGGUAGAACUCUAUGCAGAGUAUGAUCCAAAGAUGCUGCUACCUUUUCUUCGAAGCAGUCAACACUAUACCCUUGAGAAGGCUUAUGAAAUUCUCAUUAGGAGAGACCUAAUGAGAGAGCAAGUCUUCAUCCUUGGAAGGAUGGGAAACUCAAAACAAGCCCUAGCUGUUAUUAUAAAUAUAUUAGGGGAUAUAGAGGAGGCUGUAGAGUUUGUCACCAUGCAGCAUGAUGAUGAACUCUGGGAAGAACUAAUCAAGCAAUGCCUUCACAAACCUGAAAUGGUGGGCAUACUGUUGGAGCACACAGUUGGAAACCUUGAUCCCCUCUACAUUGUAAGUAAGGUUCCCAACGGGAUGGAAAUACCUCGUCUCAGGGAUCGGCUGGUUAAAAUUAUCACUGAUUACAGGACUGAAACAUCUCUCAGACAUGGAUGCAAUGAUAUCCUGAAGGCGGACUGUGUCAACCUAUUAAUUAAGUAUUACAAAGAGGCAAAGCAUGGGAUUUAUCUAAGUAAUCAAGGAGACGAGCCACAAGCUAAAAGAAAUGAUAUUAAUGCUUCUCAUGUGUUUGAGAAAUCCCCGAGUCUGAGAACCAUGGAAGUGAAGUCAAAGACUAGGGCGGGUGGAAGAUGUUGUAUAUGUUUUGACCCCUUUUCUAUACAGAAUGUAUCAGUCAUUGUUUUCUUUUGCUGUCAUGCUUAUCACACAACUUGUCUUAUUGAUUCCUCCUAUACUAGUAGUAGCAAGAAAGAGAUUGAAGCUACUUCCCAAGAGGCAGAAAUGUAUGAUGUUUACAAUGAUUAUGUGGAUGAUAAUGGGAAUGACGAUGGAGAGACACAGGUGGGUGGCACUCGUAUGCGUUGUAUAUUGUGUACUACUGCUGCUAGUUGAGUGUGUUCUGUUGGUGCAUGUCUGUGUCUGCCGCUUGUGCUUGCUUGGUUAAUAUUUUUGUUCGUGGUUGCAUGCACAUGGUACAUGUGUGGCUUCCCCUCUUCGUGGCCCUUCAAUUUGAUGUCAAUUUGUUUAUCAAUAUAGUUAUAGUUUUAUUUAAAUUUUUACGUUGUCUUGAUGGCUUUAGUAUAUUCUUUAGAAUCAAGUUUUCCUUGAAUACCAGGUUCCUUUAGAUAUGUUUUCCAACUGGUUGUCUAUUCAUUUGUAUAGGGAGAACUAGUGGACGUAGAAGUGAAAUCUAUUGCAAUGAAUCUAAGGACUUUGUAUUUAACUAGGUUGGAGUUUUUAAGGAAAAGGGAGAGUUACUUCAUAUUAUGUAAUUUUUGAAGACGUACAGAAAGUAGAGUC